AAUGUCAUGGUACGAUAUCUGAGAUUUUCAACAUCUUUGGGAAGCUUUGAUGUCGAACUCUAUACACACCAUGUUCCUAUGGGUUGUAAAUACUUUUCCGAUCUUGCUUUAAGUGGAUACUACAAUGAUACAUUGAUUCAUACCAUACAACCUAACCAUGUUUUUAUUGGUGGAGAUCCAACAAAUACAGGAAGAGGAGGAAAGGAAUGGAAUGGAUAUUUACAGGAAAUUCCUACAAGUAAAUUGAAACAUACAGGAGCUGGAAUUAUUGGACUUUGUGAGAAUUCACAAUUUUACGUGACAUUGUCUCCUUCACCUUGGAAUGAUGGAAAAUAUUUACCAAUUGGAAGAAUUUGUAAAAAUAUGAAAACGAUAAAGAGUAUUUCACUUGUU